CAAAACGUCAAACUGCCGCUGCCCAAGGCUAAGUUCCGGGUACAUAAGGCCUGCGCAGGCUGCAAGCAAUACAGUCCGCAUUCAGCAGCCUACACGAACAUGAAGUUUAUGAUUUUUGCCGUAUUUGUCGCGUUGGUGAUGUCAGCGAUGGCGUUGCCAUGGGGAGGUUCGGAGGCUGACGAUCGUGGCUACGCCGUGGAUCCUCUAUUGGACGAUGGCAGCGCUGUUGGUGGUGGUGGUGGAUACGCUGGAACUCCGGGAAGCUCAUACGGAUCUAGCGGACCUAAAGGAGGUGGAUAUGCCGGCAGCUCUAACUCUGGCUAUGGAGGCAAAGGACGAAGAGGAGGUGGAUACGCCGGUGGAACUGGAUACGGGAACGUUUGAACACUGGAUUAGGAACACUGCUAGAACAUCAAAUGCUGGAGCACUGCAGAACCGAUGACUUUAGAUUCUGAAAUUUAAGAAAUGUCUAAUUACGUUUUGAUUUAAAUGGAAUGACGCGUAAAAAUUUGUAAGCGAAUUUCAUUUCAAAAGUCAUUUCGUAUCAAAUUUAAGAAUGAAAGGUUCAGAUAAUUAUAUUAAGGAAUCUCUCAAUUGUGUAUAGAAGUAUACGCACAAACUUCUAUUUACCUGUUCAGUUAUUUGAUUAAUUAAAUGGAUUUAAUUACAGAUAUAUUGUCUCGUUAUUAUUUCAAUAUAAAUAUUUUUUUCCA